AUGGACUGGCACCUGUGUCCUGUGCCACCUUGGGUGAAGCUUCCAGCGUGGUAUCUCCUUGACGCCAUCUCGAAGAACGUCAACGAACCCUACGCUCGUCUGUUCGCCUCUGUUAUUACCUCUCUCUUUCUGGAGAGCUAUGAUUCAGUUGACCCGAAUACGCGCGGUAAGAUGGAGGAGAUGCUCCUGACUUGGCGCACAGGUUCUCCGUCUAGGCGCGAACUCUUUGGUAUCGGUCCUCAGCUCGCUAUCGAACGUACUAUCUGGGGCUCGGGAUCGAGCGGCGAAGUACGUAGCUCUCGCCAUUCGACGUCCGCUCGCCGUUCAAAGGCUCCGCAUCAGAGUUCUUUCAAUGCGGCGGUGACCAUCAUCUCCCCGUCUCAAGUGAUCAGUGAGAUUGAGGUCGCUCUCGGUCAAAUGAAUCAUGCACUACAUGUCAAUCCGUACGACAGCCAGGCACAAAAUCAUACUAGUGUCCUUCAGCAGCUUCGUGCUGUAGUGCAAUCUGGUGUUUCCCAGGAAGAGCUUCGCCAAAUUCUCACUCAGCUUCGUUCAAUGAGUCGACCUUCAUCAGCGCAGUCCUCCGUGACACCCGCCCCAGCUGAUGAGUACACAUCUUCGUCGUCUGUACAUCUCCAGGCGGCCUCUGGUCAGCAUUCUACUCCUUCGGUCCUCUCUCAGCCCCAGUCAGAGCAGUCUUCCUCGUCUCCCGAGUUCUUCGAAGGAUCAUCGCCCUCUGGACCUCAAAUGCCGCCGCCCACCGUCACCAGUGCUUCUGUCCCUUCAAUCCCCACUAUCACCAGCCUCGUCAACACUCUAAUCAAAGCGGGUGUCGUCUCCGCGCCCGGUAGUACCUCAACAGGAUCAAAGUCCGUUACGCCCGAGCAUGUCAAAGAAGCUAUCACGGAUGUCAAAGUCAACAAUCGCGUUGAUUCCGGUCGCGAGCAGGACAGAGUAUACAGGGAUGCCAUAUUAUCUCAGGGUAUCAAGCUCAACUCUACGGACAUAAAUAGACGUCGUCCAGAUAUUUCUUAUGUUUAUGGUCGUUUGCCUGUUCAAUGUAAACAGUGUGGCGUCAGAUUUGCGGAUUCUGUGAUGGGUAAAAAGAACAUGCAAGAACAUCUUGACAUGCAUUUUAAGCAGAACCGUAAGGCUAAUGAGAGCGUUGGUCGCGGCCAUAGUCGCAGUUGGUUUGUCGCUCUCGAAGAUUGGAUUCAGAAUAAUGGCAAAGGCAAGAGCUCCGCAGGCCCAUGGAGACCAUCGAAUAUCAAAUCAGCGGCAACAGCUGACGCUGCGAAACGAGAAGCAGAGCUGCGUGCUCAAUCUGUUGUCGUUCCACCCGGAGAUGAGGCUAAGACUGUAGAUUGUCCAAUCUGUAAGGAAAUUUUGAAGUCGGAGUUCCAGGAGGAUGAGGAGGAGUGGGUGUGGAAGAAUGCCGUCGACGUCGAUGGAAGGAUAUACCAUGCAACCUGUCGCGCUGAAGCUUUGUCUUCAACUACCGCACUCACCGCUAAAUUACGCCUUGGGUUCGCGAACAAUUCUCCGAGUCGGUCGGUCACACCUGAGGUUUCAUCUGCGCCUUUGUCGCGUAUGACGCCUCCGAGAUCAUCAAUGGCGUCUGUGCCUGCGCGUCUGAAGUCAGAUUCACCGAAGGGGUCGGGUGGCAUGAAGCGAAAGAUUAGCAGUGUCGAUGGUGCUGUUGGUACGAGUGGGAACGCUGGAGUAGGGGGUGAUGGUCCCCCGCCGUCGAAGAAGAUUGUGAUUUCAGUCUCGGUAUAGGUUCGGUGGAGGGCUCACGUCGUCGAGGCCGGUCGGCUGAUGGUUGUGUGUGCAUAUUGGCUUUAUGGUGUGCAUGUUCGCAUCUUUUUAGACGGGAGGAUUGUACGCUCAGCGAGGUGUUGUACGACGACCAGGCGGAUACAGUUACGCACACAUUAUCAUUAUAUCUCUAUUGUAGUUCAGUUUCGGUGCCUCGAUAUCUCACUC